AUGCCGCUCCGAUCACGGUGGUCGCAGUGGUGCGCGUUUCGCUCGUGGAUCAGAACGCAAUCAACUCCAUUUCUCCCUUUCACUACGCCCAUUUCGCUCGGCCGGAGUGCAAAGUUUGCUUCCACGGGGUCAUCUGACCCUUCAGACCCUCACGACGUCGAGCUAGCGAGAAAGUGGCUGAAAGCCUUUGAGUCGGGCGUCAAGUCCAUUCCCCGCCAUGUCGGCCAGGUCUCGUUCAGCCGUUCAAGCGGACCCGGCGGUCAGAACGUGAAUAAGUCGGUGCAAAUCCGAUCCGUGCGAACGGUUCCCCCCCAUUCUCCUCUCCCUUCUCAAACUCAUAAUUUCUGCAGGGCUCCCGAGCUAACCGUGGAGAGGGCGAUCUUCCCUGGAAAACCCCUACAGACUACUUUAAAAGUGCCCCUGGCCACGAUAUUUCCUUUGGUGCCGCGUCUAUUACAUCCUCCAUUACGCGCCUCCCGUUACGCGACGGACCGUUCACAGGCGCUGGUGAUUCAAUCGGACGAAUCCCGGCAACAGGCGACCAACGUGGAUUUGUGCUAUGCAAAGCUUAAUCGGCUGCUGGUCAUCUCGGCUAAAGAGGUCAUUCCAGGCGAAACGUCCCAGGAACAGAAAGACCGCGUGAGCAAAUUACAGCGCGCCCAAAAUGAGGCCCGACUCAAGGAGAAAAAGAUUCACAGCAGCAAAAAGAGCAACCGCCGGGGAAGCAAAUACGAUGAUUGA